GGCACUAUUACUUUGACUGAGCAAUUUAAUGCAUUGGAAGAUGCAAGAUCAUCCAGUUUUUAACACGCUCGUACAAAUCUGAAUUCAUUUGAUGUGUACCCUGUGGAAAAUUUCCAUUCCGUGGUGAGUGCUAAAUCAAGCCAUAGUGACAGUGGUGAUCUUCUGCGCCAAAAAGCCAAAGCAUUUGGCAACAGCAAAGCAACUUCAGCACAAUUCUCAUCUGUAUUCGAAGUUCCAAAAAAAGUACACCUUUAGCAGAAAGAGACUGAAAAGAAUGAAAUUGGAUGCAGCCAUAUUCACUUGCAGCAUUUUAAAGCAAAUUGUCCAAAGUGCCAACUCUGUACAUCAGGUGCCACGACCAGCUAGGAAAGCCAAAAACAUGACGUAUUUGAAACUGUCCGUACUUUAUGGAGAAGAUGCAGUUGUAACCAAACCCAAGCAGAUCAACUUACCUAAAUGUGUGCAACCGUUGAACAAUACACUCAUGAAAAAACUCCAUGGUUGUGGGCACUCCUUGCAUUCAAUAAUGCUUCCUUCUGGCCCUGGAAUUUGUGGCAUUUGAAGACAAGGUGUUUGAUGCCAUCAAAGCUUUACCAGUGCCCAUUCUAAAUCCAGACUGUGAGCAAAUUGUUGCUGAUCGAGAUAAAGAUGACAAAAUAUGAUGGUGAUGAAAACGACGAAGAGGAGUUUACUACCGACGAAAAAGGCUGUCACCGUUGUAAUUUGAGAAUCUAGCGACUUAUUCUCUGCGAAACUGGAAAGACUACAAACUCUACGCGACACGUGAUAAAAAAGCUCCAUCGCAGCGAUCGUUAGAACUUUCUAGAAGCUUCUACGCUAUCCUUAGGCAGCUAACAAUAGAGCAGCAAUCAAUCUACAAUAACUACGCGUGCUAGACUGGCUAGUAAUUACGAAAUUCAUUAGCUCAUUUACAUAAACAGCAAUUAACUGUCGAGUGCACGUUCCCAACAGUCACCCAGCAACCAUUGCUGAUGCCUUCCUUCAAUUAAAAAGACAGAUAUUUACACGUGGUUUGAUUCCAGGAUCGCGAGGCUCAACGUUUCUGGAGCUCUUGUGAUCGCGAAUCAAAUGGUUUUUAAAUACCACCAAAUUUCCAGCUUUGGUCCUAUCCAACUGAGUCACACACACACUACUUACCAAAUUCAAAUAAUAAAUGGAAACCAGUUGUUUUAGAACUAAACAAAUUUUUUAGACAAUAUUUCUAUUCUAUGACCCGGAAAAUUUGAACAUUGACACUUCGGGCGUUUGGAAACGGCACCAGUACUGCUAUAUAAUGUCAUUUCUCGACUAGUUACAAGAUGUUUCCACAUAGGUUAAAGCAUUAUGGAAGUCCAAAAUCUAAUUAGCGAUGCUAGAAUGAAUUUGUUGAAUUUGUUGCGUCGGCCUAAGCGAUCGUUAUGAAUAAAAUCGUUUUUCGUCGAAAAUCCUUGGUAUCAAGUUGAGAUAAACAAGAUCUGCAAAAUGCGAAAGAACAAAAAUAAUUAACAUUUUAGUUUUCCUGUUAAUCUGUUGUUUUGUCAAGAUUUUUAAUGAACAGUGUACUUAGCUUUGGAACAUUCCAGAACAUACUAGGAACUUUUGCUUCGUGUGUAAUCCCUUAGAAUAGCUCUCCAUAUUAGCUUAUUCAGCCCAUUGUAAACACGUAGCCUUGUAUUCGUUUUAUUGACGUAAUUGUACCUCGGGAACCUUCAUGAACCUUCUGAGGGUAUCCAAAAUUAGCUAUGACGCAAUUAAUAAUUUUAGAAACUUUGUAUUGAAAUGAUACACAAUAAAGACAACGUUUGCUAGAACAUUCUUAGACUUAGGUAUAAAAGUAGUUGAGAUUAUAAUUAUUAUAAUUAUUAUUAUUAUUAUUUUUAUUAUUAGUGUUCCAUCCGAAUGGAAAAAAGCAUCGACAAUAUUAAUCCACAAAAAAGACAAUACAGAUGAUCCUUCUAACUUGAGACCAAUAACCUUAGAAUCUGUUCCCUUGAAAAUCUUCACCUCCUGCCUACGUAACUCUGUUUUCAACUUUCUGAAACAAAAUGGUUUCAUUGAAAGCCAAAUUCAAAAAGGCUUCACUCCCAAGAUAUCAGGUACUUUAGAACACACGGCACUGAUGGAUCAUAUGAUAAAUAAAGCUCGCACAAAACAGCGCUCUUUGGUUGUUACCCUGCUUGAUCUCAAAAAUGCUUUCGGCGAGGUCCACCAUAAUUUGAUUCCCAAUAUUCUUUCGUACCAUCAUAUACCAUCUCAUAUUCAGGCUCUGGUCUCCAGCUUAUAUUCGGGCUUCAAGACCUCUAUCCUCACAGAUACAUUCCAAACCCCUGCCAUUCCCGUUUGUCGUGGUGUUCUUCAAGGUGACUGCCUCAGCCCUCUUAUCUUCAAUCUAUGCUUCAAUACGUAUAUACAAUACAUAAAAGCAGAAAAAUUUAAACAGCUUGGCUUCUCUCCCCACGACGAAAACGACCGCAUGUUCCAACCAGUGCAUUGGUUCCAAUUUGCUGAUGAUGCUGCGGUUGUUACUAGUGGUGAAAAGGAGAACCAGCUCCUGUUAAACUGCUUUACAAGAUGGUGUCAGUGGGCAAACUUUGUAAUAAGGGUGGAUAAAUGUGUCACCUUUGGCAUUAAGAAAUACUCAACAAGAUCUCUUCAGUUCCAGCCAAAGCUUUUCGUGAACAACCAAAGCGUGCCUGUUGUUAAAAAUGGAGAAGCUUCAAAUACCUUGGCCGCUUCUUUGACUUCGAAAUGACCAAUGGCAGUCAUAAAGAAAAACUGCUAUCAAUGUUUCCCAGCCUUCUGAAAGAAAUUGAUGACUUGCCUCUGCAUCCCAAAAAUAAACUUCUAUUGUACCACAGAUAUGUAUUGUCCAAAGUUUCUUGGCACUUCACUGUUGCAGACCUAUCGAAGACCUGGGUCAUUGAGAACCUCGAUAAUCUUGUCUCUAAAUACAUUCGCCAGUGGCUUGAUCUUCCCAUAAGUGCUACUUUAACUAGUAUAGUCCUUUCUAAAAAUGAAUUUGGUCUCGAUCUUCAGCUACCUUCUGUCAAAUUCACUCAAUGCCAAACUGUUUCACGCAAUGCCCUCCGAACUUCUCCUAACACAAACAUUCAAGCUUUAUGGAAAAACACCAGUAGUGGGAUGAAUCUGCAAUACGACAUUUACCGUAGCACCAAAGAUGUACUGAAAGCAGUAAAAUCAGACAGUAGAGAGCGCUUGGCACACCAAUUACUAUCCCAGGGUGCUAUUAUUUCAUUUCUGUUGGACCACUCUCUCAAAAAGCUCAAUGGUCUUUGGUCUGUUGUGCAGAGCAACCUACCCACGAACAUCUUCAACUUCACCAUCAAGUACCUGAACAAUACUCUCCCUACGCGCAAAAAUCUAAGCCUUUGGAACCUAAGCCAAUCAUCUGAUUGCGAAUUCUGCCUUCUUCCCGAAACUUUACUCCAUGUCGUUGCAGGCUGCAAAGUUUAUCUCGAACAAGGUCGUUAUACCUGGCGUCAUAAUUCUGCUCUAAAUUUUCUUGCAACCUCCUUGAAAGCAAUAGAGGGAUCCUCUCUUUUUGCCGAUAUACCUGGCUUCUCCUCACCAUCCAUCAUAACUGGAGACAAUCUGCGCCCAGAUCUACUUCUGCGUACAAAGGAAAACAUUCUUUAUGUUUUGGAACUAACGAUAGGAUUUGAAACUAACCUUAACUGCAAUGCAGAAAGGAAACGUUCAAAAUAUGCUCGCCUUGUCUCAGAUCUAAGACCAAGGUUCAAAUCUGUCAUAUUUGUAAAUCUCUCCAUCAGCUCUCUUGGAAUCUUCGGCGACUCAUGCAGCUCAUUCCUUGAAAUGUGUGACUCUCUUUCCAUCGAUGAUCAACACAAACGAUAUCUCAUUUCUAAGCUUUCUACGAUAUCCAUUCGUACCACCUAUUACAUUUUUUGCUGUAGGAACAAAACAUGGACUAACCCAGAGCUACUCCCCUUUUAACGUUUUUUUUUCUUUUCUCUCUACUACGAUUGUGAUAGUCUUUUUUUGUAAAAACAGGCUAGCCAGUUACAAAUUACCUUGUAAUAGUGCGACUUGUAAUUGUAGUUUUAACUGGAAUUCAAAACGAAAAGUUUCCAUUAUUAUUAUCGAAUAUUUAUACAGGAUAAUACUUCAGUAGUGAUAUGCAUAUAUACAUAUUUACACUGUUUUCCCAGUAGUACUGUUAAAGUAAAAAGAAUAAACAAAAUAAGAUUUAAAAGUUAGUUAAAAUUAGUUAAGUUGAGUAGUUGUAAAAUUGCGAUGGUUGUGAUCGUGACAAACAUUAAAGAUUCUGUGAACAGAUUUGUGAUUUAUUGUCGUGGCUAACUAUAAGAUUCCCGACAGUUUUUCACUCUUAAUUCCUUCACCACCAUCCCCUUCCAUUUUAUGCUUUGGAUAUAGUUUGUUUACUCCUUCCGAGGCCGUCAUUGGCCUAUCGGCGAUAGAAACCACGUUAUUUUGCGCAAGCUCUCAGCCAAUCAAGGUUUGAGCCCUAUGCUAGUUCCGUGUAAUAACACAGCAGCCGCAAAACUAUAAUAGAAAUUAUGCGUAUAACUUAUUAGUAGUAAUUUUAAUCUUUUUUCUAAAGAAUGCCCAGUGUAAACGUUUAGAGAUUUUUUGAAAUUUUAUAAAUAACCGUAUACGUAUACACAUUACCAUCGUUCUUUGAAAUUUAGACUCUGCAAUGGAGCAGGUCUAAAAUCCAUUUGGAUCCAAAAUCCUCACUUUUCUGUGUCACCACAAAAUAGUACAAAGAAGCAAUCUAAAAAAGCUCAUUUCGU